AUGAAGAAGAAGGAAUCAAGAAGAAUAUUGGUGAUCUUGUGUAUAUUUUUCUUCAUUCUAAUUUUCAUAUAUCAGAUUGAGUUCUCUUCAAUCUCUCAGCUGAGUACUGCAAAUUCAACAAGGAGUCAUCAAGCAAUUCACACUCCAUUGCCAAGCCCAAUCAAGUGCAACAGGUCCUAUUCUAACUAUCGUAUCUGCUCACUCAGCAGCCCAACUGUGCUGGAUCCAAAACUGGCCACUUUUUAUGCUGUGGGCCCAACAAACUUGCUGGAAAAAGACGAGCCUUACUCUAAAAAAUGGGCGAAUUUCACAGUGGCCCAAAUCAAAGAUGUCACUCUCACAUCCGGCCCACAAAGCCCACCAUGCAUGAUCCAACACAAUGCCCCAGCCCUAGCAUUCAGUGCAGGUGGGUGCACCGGAAGCUUCUUCCAUGAGUUCAAUGAUCGGUUCAUCCCACUCUUCAUCACCGUCAAUUCAGUAUUCUCUAAUGAUGAGGAUCCUAUCCUUGUAAUCUCCAAAUCAUGCAAUUGGUGGCUUCGAAAGUUUGCAAGUUUGCUUCGGAGUUUCAGCAAGCACCAGAUUAUAAACCUCGAUAAUGAUACUACCACUCACUGUUUCCCUUCUGUCACGAUAGGCCUCUUGUCACAUGGUUUCAUGACUAUUGACCCAAAAUUAAUACCAAAUCAAAAAACCUUGUUGCAUUUCCAUGCAAUGCUAGAGAAAACCUAUGGUGGCCAAAACCAUCCUUUCAUUUCCAACCUCUCUCUCAAAUCCCGGCCGCGCCUUGUGCUGAUGAGCCGUAGCGGUAGCAUUGGCCGUGUGAUCUUGAAUAGGGUCGAUGUGAAAAGGGCAGCAGAGAAGGAAGGUUUCCACGUCAUCGAAUUCGAACCGAAAUUUGAGACUCCAUUGGAUGAAGUGUACACUAUGAUAAGUUCAAGCCAUGCAAUCGUAGGGGUGCAUGGUGCGGCACUCACUAACUUCUUGUUUCUUCGGCCUGGGGCGGUAGUAGUGCAAGUGGUGGCGAUUGGAUUGGAGUGGAUAGCAGAGGAAUGCUUCGGGAAGUCGGCUCGGGAAUUAGGGUUGGAAUACAUGGAGUAUAAGAUUGGAGUGGAGGAGAGUAGCCUAGGAGAGAAGUAUGGGAAGGAUGAUGUGCUGAUAAAGGAUCCAAUGUCCUUACAAAAGAAGGGUUGGUCCAGAGAAAUUAUGGACAUUUACUUAGAGCAACAAAAUGUGAAAUUGGAUUUGGUUAGGUUUAGGAAAUAUUUGAAGAAAGCAUAUGAAAAGGCAAUUAUCUCCAUGGAAAAAAAUGGUGAGCAUGUGUCAUGA